GCGAAGGUGAAGUAAUUACGUUUUACUCCUGUGUAUGCGUAUUUUACAGACAAAACAGUUUGGUUUGUUGUUCAAAGUUUAAAACAGUCUUUUAUAUACAAAGAUCACAAGACGAAAAUACAAAGAUCACAAGACAAAAAUCUAAAAGAGCUAACACUGGUAUGUUUGUAACCACAGUGUAGACAUGCUACUGCACGACCAUCUCAGUGACUUGAUGUCAAGUUAAUUCACGAAGAUGUUCGAGUCCCUUUGUUCCGGCAAGGACAUGAGCGAAGGCAUGAUGCUGCAGGUGACGGAGGCCGCACCUGAUCCUCGCACCAUCAAGACUCACCUUCCUUUGUCGCUUCUUCCACCAUCUCUCCUCGAGACCUGCAAGGUGGUGUGUGUGGUAAGAAACCCCAAAGACAUGUUGGUAUCUUACUUCAAGCACUGUCAAUGGACAAAACUAAUGGACUUUAGAGGAUCAUUGGAAGAAUUCUUUCAGUACUUUGUGAAUGAUAAUCUGACUUACGGCUCGUACGGACUCUUCCUAAAAGAAAUCUGGGAAAAGCGUCACCACCCAAACCUUCAUAUCAUGCACUUUGAAGACAUGAAAGGUGACAUCAGCGAAGAAAUGAAAAAGCUUAACAGUUUUCUCAACACACAGUUAAGCGAGGAAAAGCUGGCAAACAUUGCCAAACGCACAAGUUUUAGUGAAAUGAAAACUCGCAUGGGAACGACAGGAGCCACAGCAGAGCAGAACGAAGAUAUGAAAGGUUUCUUUAGAAAAGGGUCCUUCUGGCCUCCUGUGGUAAAUUACACAGCUGAAGUCGGCAGCCUGUUUCACCUCCUACAUGCAAGGAAAAUAUCACAUCUGCUGGACACUAUAUACAACUUCACAGAAGACCGACAGUGCCACCCAAGGAACGUCAAGAUCAGAAUAUCACAUCUGCUGGACACUACCUUAUACAGCUUUACAGAAGACCGACAGUGCCACCUAAGAAACAUAAAGAUCCGGAGUACUGCACAGCAGUGUAAAGGGAGCCGGCACAAUAACGACGGACACAGAGCAGAGAUAAGCGGCAGCAGAGUCGUGAACACCCCAGGAGACUGGCUUGGCACAACACACCCAGUCACUCCUAUGACUGGAGAAGUCAAUGAUUGGAAGAAUCAUUUCAGUACGGAAAUGAUCCCACAAAUGGAGAAGUGGCUUCAGGAAAAUGUGACCCGCAUAGGAGCGGGAUUCAAGUUUGCAUAGCAUCCAAUGCAUGGUUCACAGUUUCCAAGGCAUUAAAACCAGACUGAAAAGGUGGACAAAUGCCUAACUUCAUUUGGCGUAUUUAUUUAUGUAUGUUUUUUUUUUCUUCUUUUUUUUUUAUAUGUAUUAUAAGGAAGUUUACAUGGAUGUGACUUGCAAUAGUUUUCCUGUGGGUUUGUGUGAUAAAGAGAACAUGGUGUUUUGUUUGACACUGAAGGUUUGGUUGUUUGAGAUUUUUAUUUAAAUAAAUUACUCACCAGUGUAUUCAUCAAUUCAGUGUAUUGGUUAUUUUCUUCAAACUUAAUUGAUGCAUUACUGAUUUCGUUACAUUUUCUGUUUAGCACAUAUAUUUUCGAAAUUUCUUCAGUGCCAUUCCUGUCAGAUUCUUAU